GGAGAGGGAUAUGGGAGGCGGUGGAGGGGAGGAGGCAGAAAUCUUUAAUAAAUAAAUAAAAAAGAAAAGAACAAAAAAGAAAAAAAACCUGCCAUUUUACCUGUUAACCAGCAGAUGGCGCUGUUUCCAGGUCGCAACUGGAACGGAUGCAAUGGUGUCACGACAAAUCCUGUUUUAAAAUCUGCUCUGAUAUUUGUCUAAAAACUGGGGGGAAAUGAGUCACUCGAGAGAUUAGAUGUAGCACACUGAGAGAGAAAACCCAGAGUUCCUCUAAGGUAAUGGGGCAUUGGAAAAUUUGGGGACAGAGUGGGACUUGUAGUUUACAGGAUCUGAUCAACAGUGUGGGGGAUGUAGGAGCAGUCUACCUACCUCUUGAUCCUCUCUGUGUAGUUACAGCCUGUGUUUCAUAGUUCUUCUUAGGUUGUGGGAGAUAGGUAUGUUUGGAGGCAAAAUGGUACUUGUAACUUACAGGGUCCAAUCAAUGGGGUUGGGGUGUUGGAGCAGCCGACCUGCAGGAAGCUUGCCUGCUGGAUAGCUAGAAAACCUGAAGGCAGGUUGGGGAGUAGCCCGUGGUUUUGCCCUGGAAUGGAGGGCCUAGAGAUUGGUGUGUCCCACCACAUGGGUGGUCACUUACCUCUUCGUCUCUCUGUGUAUUUGUGGCCUAUGUUUUAGAGUUCCUCUGAGCUCAUGGGGUAUAGAGAUCUGGGAGCUGAGUGCAACUUGCAACUUACAGGGUCCUAUCAUUGGGGUUGGGGUGUUGGAGCAGCCGACCUGCAAGAAGCUUGCCUGCUGGAUAGCUAGAGAACCUGAGGCAGGUGGGGGAGGGACCCAGGGUCCUGCCUCACUAAGGAGGACCUAGAGAGUUGGGUGUCCCACCAGGUGGGUGAUCACUUACCUCUUGGUCCUCUCCGUGUAUUUGCAGACUGCUGUUCAUAAAUUAUUAUACCUUGCAGCAAGACACAGGCUCAUGUCCAUAUAUUUGUAAAGACAGAAUGUCUACAUUUUCAUGAGUGGAAUAAGACAGUAAUGACAUGUUGGUCUCUAACAGUAGAUUUGUCAGAUAAGGUUAUGACUGCUGUGCUGAAAUCCCAUGGUAAAGCAACUUAGGGAGGAAAGUGUUUAUUUGGUUUACAUAUCCUGAGCCAUAGUCCACUGAGUGAACAAAAGGAAGAACUCACAACAGGCUGGAAACAUGGAGGCAGAAACUGAUAUAGAGGCUGUGGGUGAGUGCUGCAUACUAAAUUGCUCCUCAUGGUUUGCUCAGCCUGCUUUCUUAUGGAACCCAGGACCACCAGCCCAGGGAAGAUCUCAUUAAAUGUGAGCUGGAGCUCUCCCAAUCCAUCACUAGCUGUAAAACUGUCCUGCAGGCUUUCCUACCUGCAGCCCAAUCUUAUGGAGGCAUUUUCUCAAUUGAGGUUCCCUCUUCUCAAAUGAAUUAACUUGUGUCAAGUUAUUGUCUUACUUAGGGUUACUACUGCUAUGAUGAAAUACCAUGACCAAAGCAACUUGAGGAGGAAAAUUCUUUAUUUCCCUCUCAUUUCCAUGUAACAGUUCAUCCUCAAAAGCAGUGAGAGCAAGAACUCAAGUAUUGCCGGAACCUACAGUUAUGAGCUGGUGCAGAGGCCAUGGAGAAGUACUGCUUACUGACUUGCUCGCUCAUAGCUUGUCAAGCCUGUUUUCUUAUAGAACCCAGGCGUACCAGCCCAGGAGUAUUGUCACAUACUCUGGGAGGGGUUCUGCUACACCAAUCGCUAAUUAAGAAAACUGAAAAGCAAAGGGCAUGGUCAAUAAGACAAAAUGACAGCCUACAGAAUGGGAAAAGAUCUUCACUAACCCCACAUCAGACAGAUAAGAUAAGGCCAAGAUAAAAAAAAAAAAAAAAAAAACACUGACAACUUAUGCUGGAGAGGUUAUGGGGAGAGAGGGAACACUUCUGCAUUGCUAGUGGGAAUGCAAGCUGUCACAACCCCUUUAGAUGUCAGUGUGGCAAUUUUUCAGAAAUUUAGGAAGCAACCUUCCUCAAGACCCAGUAAUACCACUUUUGGGUAUAUAUCCAAAGGAUGCUCAAUUGUGCCACAAGGACAUGUGCUCAACUAUGUUCAUAGCAGCAUUGUUUGUCAUAGUCAGAACCUGGAAACAACCUAAAUGCCCCUUGACUGAAGAAUGGAUAAGAAAAAUUUACACAAUGGAGUAUUACACAGCAGAAAAAAAUAACGACAUCUUGAAUUUUGCAUGAAAAUGGAUAGAUCUAGAAAACAUUAUUUUGAGUGAGGUAACCCAGACACAGAAAGACAAUUAUCACAUGUACUCACUCACAGGUGGUUUUUAAACAUAAAGCAAAGAAAACCAGCCUACAAACCACAAUCCCAGAGAAUUUAGACAACAAUGAGGACACUAAGAGAGACUUACAUAGAUCUAAUCUACAUGGGAAGUAGAAAAAGACAAAAUCUCCUGAGUAAACUGGGAGCAUGGGGGCCUUGUGGGAGAGUUGAAGGGGGGGAUAUGCAGAGAGGGGAGCAGAAAAAAAUGUAGGGCUCAAUAAAGAAUCAAUAAAAAAUGAAAUAAAUUUAACUUAAAAAAUAGAAACUUGGCACUAGAGAAUUUCCCAUGAAUCCACAAGGAUGACCCCAGCUAAAACUCUAAGCAAUAACGCCGGAAAUGGCCUUGCAGUGAGAAGAGCUCCAGUGUCACGCGUCAUCCUUGCGGGUCGAGGGUGGCAGUGACAGAUGGUGGCCCCUAUGGGGAUCGCUUCUCUUCUCUCUGUGGAGCUCAGAACUUGCUGCAGUCAGGGGGUGCACCAGACAGUCCCCAGGUAAGGCUGGGGAUCCGGGACAAAAAGCGGGUUUUCCACUCUCGCUGGUAGAAGGGAGAGUGGGGGUAAUAGGGCCGUGACUACAGCGGACGGUUUAAAAGUGAAACUAAAAGGAAGAAUGGGAUUUUAGAAUGGGCGCUUCAACAUCACACCUGAUUUUUCUGGCUCUUAAUGAGCUGUUUCGGAGCGCUAUGGAGAGUUUUUUGGCUAAAUAUGACACAAUUGCUUCUUGGUUUGCCAUCUCAGGCAAUCUUAAUGUGUCAUCCUGGGACAGGCUUGGUAGAGAUCUAGAUUUUGCCACUAAACAAGGUACGCUGAGAAAGGGAAUUAUAUUCAUAUGGUUCCAAUUACCGAGGCCUCCGGAGUUUGCAAUGGAGUAUGAGCAGCUGCGGCCUCAAGGCCAAGGAGCUCUAGGCAGCUCCACGGCCAAGCAGCACUGAGGGUCUACAAAGCUGCAAACACCAGGACUUGCCUCAGGGCAUAGAAGCACAGCACAAGACAGUUGGCCUGAACCUCCGUCCCAGCCCAGGGCAACCGGAGGGCUGCUCCCUGUUGCCACGCCUCCACCUUCCAGCUCGGUGGGGAGGAGCCUCUGCCUCUCCCCUGCCAUCGCUGCGAACUGAGUAAAAACCCUUAAGAAAGCAAGGUCCCCGCUCAGCAGGAAGUAGCCAGAGAGAUUGACAACACCCAAAUUCCCUAAAACAUAGUUUAAGCGGGGCCCCUUCAGAGCAGAAGCAGGAUCAGCUGGGUUGCUAGGGAAGCCAAAGAGGUGCACGAGGGAGAAGGUGUCUUCCAUGCACUCAGCUGACAAGAAUGAAUGAGCCACGGGGGUAUGGCAGCUGGGGUAUGUUAUUAGAGGCAAGUCUAUAUCCUAGUCUGUCAGACAUUUCUAUCCAUCCGGGGCUGUGUGUGACCAGCAUUCAAUAUGACUCAUGCAGCUAAUUUGUUUAAAGAAUUAUCUAGAUGUCUUUUAGGUUAUUGGUCUGGUGAAUUCGAACAACAACUGGAAAAGUUGCGGGUGGCGAUGGUGACUGCAGAUUCCACAUGCAUGGAUACCAGCAUGGCAGAAGAACUAUCUUCCUGGAUCACUCCAUGGAUCAUCUGAAGGAGUGGGCGGGAAUAAGAGCCCUGGCAAGCUUAAUGGUGCUUGCCUCCCUGGUAUGCCUGUGGUGCAUUUGUCACAUAAGGGUUUCACAGCAUCGCAAUGCAGUUAUGAUCAUUCAGGCCUUCACAGCCAUUGAAGCAGGACAGUCUCCCCAAGUUUGGCUAUCUACCUUAAAAGAGAUGUAAGCGAGCACAGGAUGCGAGGCUUGCGCACUGCACUUGAGGUUAAGCAUACAUCAACCUCAAGAAGAGCAAGUCUGAGUGCAUGUGGGUUGGUGUCUAUCUCCCACCUCUGUGAAAAAGGACACCGGACAGGUGUAAUGUUCUCUGGUUGGAUGACAUCCGGAAAGACAUUAGCACAUGUCCCAUUUCUAACAGAGAUCAGACCUCUACUCUUGCCUGUUGCUUUGUAAAACAAAAAGGGGAACUGUAGAGAGCUGCGUGGAACCACGUCUUAAAGAUGGCACUGGCUUCCGCCCUCCGUGAUCCCGAAAGCCAGUGCUCUCAGUGAAAAACAACACCAUAUAUGGCAGAGGCCGGACCCUUGCGAUCAUCACCCGAUAAUCGCAAGCUGCUUACAUGAGCGUGGACCAAUGAACGGCGCCCACGUGGCUAUCUAGGGUUGGUUGCCCAGGCCUACUUAAGGGCUGGGUUUGCGGGGUGGGGGGGGGAGACAGAGAGAGAGAGAGAGAGAGAGAGAGAGAGAGAGAGAGAGAGAGAGAGAGAGAGAGAGAGAGAGAGAGAGAGAGAGAGAGAGAGAGAGAGAGAGAGAGAGAGAGAGAGAGAGCGAGCUUCUAUUGUAAAAGUCCUGAAUAAAACUGCAGUGAGAAGAGCUCCGGUUUCACGCGUCAUCCUUGCGGGUCAUCCUUGCGGGUCGAGGGUGGUCGUGACAUCAUACUUUUCCCAUUCUAAGGAUUUUACUAAUGAGCCUGGAGAUGAGAUGGAGACCAAAGAGAACCAGUGAGACUCCUGGUCAACAAUAAAUAAAUGGGACCUCCCUGAACUGGAGAAGCUUCUGUAAAGCAAAGGACACAGUCAAUAAGAUAAUGUGGGUAACAGUUGUAUGACUAGGGCAGACCGAGGGGCCACUGGAAGUGGCACCAGGAUUUAUCCCUACUGCUUGUCGUGGCUUUUUGGAACCCAUUCUCUCUUGAGGGACACCUUGCUCAGCAUAGCUAAGGUAGGGAGGGCCUUGGUCCUUCCUCAAAUCAAUGCGCCUUCAGUGGAUGGAAAGGUGGAGAGAAUGGGAGGAGGGGAGAGAGUAGGAACUGGGAUCGGUGUGUGAAAUGGAAAAGAUAGUUUGUUUUCUUUAAAAAAAAAAGAAAAGAAAAGAAAUAAAAGGAGCAAACUGAGCAAGGAAAAAUACUUGAGGAGAAAGGGGGUACCAGAAAGUGGAAUAGAGCUGAAUCUGUGUUCAAGGAGAUAAAUAGACUAAACAUUGAAUGAACAGAGUAGUAACAUCCGGGCAAAAAUCCCACCCAGCUAAGAUUCCAAUUUGUGAAAAGGAACUAAAGAAAAACUUAGAGAUUCAUGAGGUGGUGCACGUCUUCAAUUCCAGCACUGGGAAUACAGAGGCUGGUAGGUCUCUGAGUUUGAGGUCACCCUGGUCUAGAAAUCCUGUUUCAGGUCAAUCAGGCAUAGGCAAUAAAAGAUAGAAAGCUAGUAAAGAUGUAAUUGAAUGGGGGGGGGGAAGCAUGUCCCAGCUCCCAUAUGCAGCAGAACUUGGCAGCUUUGAACACAUGGUUUGGGGAUCUUGUCACGACAGAGACUGUACUAGAAUAUUUUGAGAUUUCUAUUGCAAAUGGAAUUAAUCCAAAAAUCUUCAAUCUAGCAUCAGACAGAUUCUUCAGACAAGGGCAAGAGACAGUCACUUCCUUCACCAAAACAUUACAAGAAUGAUUUCUAAGCAACACACUCAAAUUCGUCUCUGAAACCUCUUGAGUCAGCUCACAACAUUUCCAAACAGCAGCAGCACCAUUUUCGUCCUUACUCCUACUAGUGUGGUCCAUUACGCAGUGCUUAAAUAAUUCCACUACUUUCUUAACAGAAGUCCAAGAAGUCAGGCCUAUCACAGCAAUACCCCCAGUCCCUGGUACCAACCUCUGCUUGGUUGUGCUUUUAUUGGGUGGCUUGUUUACACUGUUAGGGGUUCAGCCCAUUAUCAUCAUCAUGGGGAGCAUGGAGGUGUACAGGCAGACUUGGUGUUGAAGCUGAGAGUGCCAGAUCUUGCAGGCAACAGGAAGUCAACUGAAUGUCACACUGAGUAAAGUCAGAAAAAAGACCUCAAAGACCACCCCCACAGUGACACACUUCCUCAAAUAAAGCCACACUUUCUUAUAAUGCCACUCCCUUUGGGGGCCAUUUUCUUUCAAACCACAACAGUAUCUGUAUCAGCAGUUAAGGCAAUAAAGACCUCCACUGACUCUGUCCUAAUGUUUCUUUUCCCCUGAGGAAAACAGAGCCAGAAGGAGUUACUGGCAAUCAUCCCAGGUCAGGCUAUAGGUGCAGAGGACAGAUGCCAGAGGAAAGUUAAGGCUUUGAGUUUGUCAGAAAAGAGGAAAGGGCAUUCCAGUCAUGCAGAUCUGAAGUAGAAUAGGGGGCACAGAUUAGAAAAGGGUAGAUCCCUACCCCUAAAUCUAUGCCUACUCCACUUCCGGGAAGGCGUGGGGUCUCUCACAGAGAAAGACAGAGGCCAGGACUGACUCUUGAGUCCAGAGCAUGGUAGGUGCUCACCCAGAACCAAAAGUGGCCAAGGAAGUGUGGGUGGUGUGAGGAAAUGGGAUGUCCCCAACAGAUGGGAUUCUGAUGGUGACAGAGGGAGAAGGGAAGGAGAUAGUGGUAUAGAUCCAGGGGAGGGAGUGGGGGUAGUAGGGAUGGAGUAGAGGGCAGAAGUGUAUAGAGUUUAGUGGGAAAGGAUGGAGGGGUCUGAGGUUGGAAAGAGGAGAAUGAAACUGGAGACGAUUAGCCUGAGGAUGAGAGACGUGAACGUAGGUUUUAGGGAAAGGCAAGAGAAGCCAACAGAUAGCCCUAGACUUCCAAAGUGGCAGGACAGGCGGCAAGAGGUGAGUGAUAGGGAGGUUUUAGAAACCCAAACAGUAGGAUAAUCCCUAAAAGUGCAAAUCAUACGCCUAGCUAAUGAGUUUUGAACAAAUUUCCAACCAUUUAUCGAUAUAAGGGAACUGAUCGGAGCGCACCAGGGUCGUUGUAACCUUGACCCAGCCUGCCUUUGAAAGAGUACAUCCUUUCUUUGUGAGCAAACCCCCAUAGUCUUGCCCAAAGCUUUGAGAGAAAAAAAUUUAAUUACACAAUUCUUUAUUGAUUCUUUGGGAACUUGACAUCUUGUACCCCAAUCCUGCUCACCUUCCAGUCCCUCCAUAUCUGUUCCUCACCCUGAAGCAUCCCUGCUAAAGAAAUUCCCCCGAAGUUAAGUAAAAACAAAAAUUACCACACCCCUCCAUCUUUCUCACCUCUCUAACACCUUUUCAUCCAUCCUAGUGUCAUUUGGAACUAUGAUGUGUCACACAGUGUGGUAGCUUGAAAGGAAAUGCCCCCUAAAGGGAAUGGCACUAUUAGGAGGUGUGGCCCUGUUGGUCUAGAUAUAAUCUUGUUGGAGGAAGUACGUCACUGUGGAGGCAAGCUUUGAAGUCUCAUAUGUGCUCAAGGUAUUGUCCAAUGUCUCAAUUGGCUUCCUUCUCCCUGCAUAUCAAGAUGUAACAGCUCCUGCAACACCAGCUCUUCCUACAUGCCACCAUGUCACACCAUGAUUUUAAUGGAUUAAACCUCUGAAAAUGUAAGCUCUCCCCAAUUAAAUGCUUCCUUUUAUAAGAGUUGCCUUGGUCAUGGUAUCUCUUCACAGCAAUAGAAAUCCUGAGACUCACAGUAUACCCUUUUGUCCAGUCAGCCCCACCCACAAACGUUCAUUGCAAUGAGUCACUUGGUCUUGAUCAAGGCUCUGGCAUGCCAUCAUCGCUGGACCCUCACCAAAACUCCUCCUGUUGUUGCCCCCAAGUUAUGAAGAUCCUGUGGCUAUGGUUCUGCAGGACCACCCCUUCACAUGCUCCAGAAGGUCAUAGAAGUAAGAGAUGCUAGGGUUUGCAAACCCAAGGCCCAGGAUGUGGAUCUUGAUGGUAGCUGAGCUUUUCAGUCUGGAAUUCUGGGACAGUCUCCUCAGAUGAAGGAGGGUCAGCUCUCAUAUGCCAUGGACUCAGAUGGCUAACCAGAUUCCCUGCAAUCACACAUCCCCCGUGGUAACAGGAGCUACAACAUCAACGCAGACCCUGGAUGUGGUAAAAACACGGACAACCACAUUUUACUUCCAAGUUCUGAUGGUUUUCUUUAACUCUUUCACACAAAUUCAAUACUAAGCAAAAUACUAACUUCCAUGAAGCAGAAAAAUGAAAACCACUUUACUUCAAUUCUGGGAGAUUGCAAAUUCUGUAAAUGACUGCCUGGAAUAGUAAGUUAACUUGACUGUUCCCAGAAACUUUGAAGAUCAAUGUCCAGAGCAGACAUGGGACAGUGCACUGACAAAAUUUCUCACACAGCAGAUCAUUAACAGACUCCAUUACAGAAAGCAAAUCACCCGACUGUUUCUCUUGGUGGCUCCAAAGCAAUCAGCUCCCUACCUAACCCUGACUCAGAGGAGGGGCGCAUGAAAAAGAGCUUGGAAUCAACCCUUUUAGUGUGUCUUAGUGAAAAAGAAGUUUUAGAAACCUAAAUGUAUUCAUUUUUGCCUCCCACUGGAGAUAGGGAUUCAGCCUAGAUGGCCUUUCAGGACCUUCUUAUUCACAUUGGCAGCCUGGGGAGGUUCCAGAUCUUUCAGAUGGUUUUCCUUCUGAUCUGCAUUGGCCUGGUGCUUCCCCACUCUCUUUUGGAGAACUUUACUGCAGCCAUUCCUAGCCAUCGCUGCUGGGUCCCCGUUCUUGACAAUGGCACUGUCUCUGGCAAUGAUAGUGGGAUCCUGAGUCAAGAUGACCUCCUGAGGAUCUCAGUUCCCCUGGACUCCAACCUGAGGCCAGAAAAGUGCCGUCGCUUUGUCCAACUACAAUGGCAUCUCCUUCAUCUGAAUGGCAGCUUCUCCAGUGUGACAGAGCCAGACACAGAGCCCUGUGUGGAUGGUUGGGUGUAUGACCGAAGCACCUUCCUCUCCACCACUGUGACCCAGUGGGACCUGGUAUGUCGAUCUCAGGCACUGAAUUCAGUGGCUAAAUUUUUAUUCAUGAUGGGCCUUUUUACAGGACAUAUCAUAGGUGGCCGUUUAUCAGACCGGUUUGGGAGGAAGUUUGUUUUCACAGGUGCUUUACUGCUGAUGGCCAUGAGUGAAACCUGUGCAGCUGUGGCUCCCACCUUCCUCAUCUACUGCACAGUUCGCUUCCUGGCAGGGAUGUCCGCCUCAUCCAUGAUGACAAACGGUGUUUUGCUCAUUUUAGAAUGGACAAGCCCUAAAUUCCAAGCUUUGGUAAUGGCACUGGCAUUUUGUGCUGGGGGGAUUGGACAGCUAUUAUUGGGAGGCCUGGCUUUUGCUAUCCGAAACUGGCACCACCUCCAGCUGGCAAUGUCUGUACCAAUGUUCUUCUUCCUUAUUCUCACAAGGUGGCUGUCAGAGUCAGCUCGGUGGCUGAUUGUGACCAACAAACCCCAGAAGGGCUUAAAGGAACUUAGAAGAGUUGCACACAUAAAUGGAAUGAAGAGUUCUGAAGAUGUCCUAACCAUAGAGGUUGUGAGAAACACCAUGAAAGAUGAACUGGAGGCAGCACAGACAAAACAUUCCCUGUUGGACUUGUUCCGUACACCCAACCUACGUAAGCGGGUCUGUCUCCUGUGCUUUGUGAGAUUUGUGUCAUUGAUCCCUGCUUUGGGUCUGCUUAUCCACUUCCAAUACCUGAGCAGUAACGUGUUCCUACUGCAGUGUCUCUAUGGUGUAGUAUCCAUCCCAGCCAAUGUGCUUGGGAAUUUUUCAGCGAACCACAUGGGCCGCAGAAUAACCCAAAUGAUUUUCAUGUCUCUGAUGGGAAUCUCCAUUUUGACCAUCAUAUUUUUGCCUCGAGAAAUGCAGACCCUGCGUACAGUUUUGGCAACACUUGGAGGAGCAAUUUCUUCUGCCUCUGUAACAAGUACUCUUGUGCAUGCAAAUGAGCUUGUCCCCACUGUAAUCAGGGCAACUGCUCUGGGAGUCAUUGGAAUUGCUGGUAGUGCUGGGGCAGCCCUGUCUCCCCUGUUUAUGAUCCUCACGGUGUACUCUGCCAACUUGCCCUGGAUCAUCUAUGGAGUCCUCGCCAUCCUCGGUGGCCUUGUUGCCCUUCUCCUUCCUGAGACCAAGAAUCAGCCUCUGCCUGACUCCAUCCAAGAUGUGGAAAAUGAGAGGAAAAGCUCAAGAGAGGCAAAGAAGGACGCUGUCACCAAGGUGACACCAUUUUAAAGAAUUUCAACAACUGACCUCUGAUCAAGAAGAAAAACAAAGAAAAAUGUCAUUCAGGAUACGGUGUCCCAGGAUUGUUCUUAAAUGUUAGCAAAACUUUUCCCGAUAAACCAUAUGUAUAAAUAGUGAACUAAAUUAAAAUUAUAGCAGUUUACCAUAUAUAAAGUAACUAUAAUAAAUCACAGCAAGAAAUUUAAAGAAAGUAAUACUAUAUUGAAGAAACUCUGGCCCAAAUUUUCUACAGUCAGUGAGACCAAUCAAGUUUCUGGAUAGAAUGUGGACCGGUGAUGUGUGGCAGUUUCAUGGAACUGAAACUUGGAGUUCUUCCCUCUAGGUCUUGGAGUCUAAGAGGUCAGGGAGGGGAUACCUCAUGAGAUUCAUUAGUUAAACAAAAGUUCACAUGUCUGGAAAUUUGAGGAUUCUGGAAAGCCCGUAUCUAGCUUUAUAUAAGGAGUAACCAGUACGGGAGGAGCGCGAGCAGUCAAGCUUCAGAGGAGAUAUUAUUCACUACCAGGAGGUCGUACAUACAACAUACAUACAAGUAACAUUAUACAGACUGAGCAGGUUGUGUUUGUGGUGUAUGGAGCAACGAUGAAAGAAAUGGGGAGAUCAGAAAGGGUUCAUGGGAACUGUAGGAGGGAGGCAACAAAAGGGGUAAAUGAUGUAAAUACAUUUUAAUUUCUAAAAAAAAUAUAAAUAUUUUUUAAAACUUUAAAUCCAGCUUACAUCUGUGAGGUCAGCUCCUCAGUGAGCCUUGAGUUGAAGAAUAUGAAGGACUGAUUCUUUUAAGGAUAGCUAAUGAGAUGUGUGAGAAAUGCCAGAAAAUCAAGCAGAUAAAAUUUUUGAGACAGGGACUCACUAGGCAGCCCUGACUGGCUUGGAACUCAUUAUGUAGACCAAUCUACCUGCCUCUCCUCCCCAAGUGGCAGGAUUAAAGGUAUGAGCCAUCAUGUCUGGCCACAAACAGAUAAUUUUUUAGUGACUGAAAAUGCAAAAAUGAAAGGGAUGGUGUUUCAUGGAGGGGGGUGGAGGGAGAGAAAAGAAGAGGGUCUCAAAAAAUACUUUUGCUGAGAGAAAAAAAACAGGCAUAUUUUUAUUGAUUUUAUUGAGCUCUACAUUUUUCUCUGCUCCCUCCCUUCCUCUCCCCUCCCCUUCAAUCCUUUCCCAUGGUCCCCAUGCUCCUAAUUUAUUCAGGAGAUCUUGCCAUUCUUAAAAACCAUACCUCUUUUUGGUUUAAUAAUUAUUUUAAGUAGUAGUCCGUAUUAAACCAAAAGACUCUAAAUUUAAUUCAGAGAGAAAGAGCAUAAUUUGGCACCCUCCUGUUGAUCAUACAGACCAUCCCCCACCGCCCUUCCCUUGCCAUCUCAUAGUCGCUGUCCUGACCCAAACCCGGGCAGGUGGGCACCCCUGCUCAACCUCAGAUAACGCCUGCCAGUAGACCAGACAAGCUGCCCAGGUACCUCCCCCACUUUCUCUGUUCCCUCAGACCCAAUUCUCAGGUCACCCCUAGUGCAACAACAGAACACCAUGGGCAACUUCUCCCCAAAAUCCAUGCCUCCUAUGGAUUCCUCAGACCAUCUACCCUUUCCUCCUGUUAUCCCAGCCUCCAACACCAGCAAGCACUCCUUGUGAACACACCAAUCAAGUAGGCCAGAAAUUAGGCAACAGUCUGUCAACACGCUCUCUGAAAAUGCAGAAAGGAAACAGAAACAAAGGAACAAAACACCCACCCAACCAAGACAAACCCACAAGUCAGCACCUAAACUAUACAUACCUAAUCCAGAUGCCAGGUUGCCAGUAUAAAGACACAAUAACAGCUGGAGCAGUAUGUCUCUACCAGAGCCCAGUUUUCCGACCACAGCAGAUUCCGAGUAUGUCAGCACAGCUGAAGCACAAGAAAAAGACCUUAAAACCAACUAUAUGGAGAUUAAAAUAGAGGUCCUUAAAGAGAAAAUUAAUAAAUCUCUUAAAGAAAUCCAGGAAAACACAAACAAACAAUUGGAGGAAAUUAAUAAAUCCCUUAAAGGAAGCCAAGAAAAAACAACAAACACUUGAAGAAAACAAAAAGAACAGUCUGGAGUCCAGCUCCCAGAACUGCACCCAGGGUUACAGAAAGAAUGCCUUCAGAGCAGCGGGGCUUAGGAAACAUUUUUAUCUGAGGGCUUCGGGAGUACGCUUCUAUCUAUCCGAGGGGGAAAGACUCACAUAUACAAUCUGAGGGUUCUGUUCUUUACAUCCAGCUCUUGUUCUCUUGUUCCAAUUCUCAUGUUUCAAUUCCCUCUAGCUUCUUUGUUCACCGUGUGUGUGUGUGUGUGUGUGUGUGUGUGUGUGUGUGUGUGUGUGUGUUCAACAACAAACUUCUUUAACUAAAAAGAUUACAAACGCUACACCUGAGGGGAGUCUCAAUGCCUGGCUUCAAGGUUCCCGGAGUACGGGCUGUGACCUGAGGCAGGAGCAUAGUGCCUAGAGAGACAAGCUGCUGAGGAAUUAGUGCAGGGAGUAAGUCUUUAUUAGCCAGACAUGGCAAGAGAGACAGGCAUUGAGGAGCAUCUCAAAUCUAAAGAUACAUUUUCUAUCCUGCGUGUAAUCUCAGAACACAAGGCUGUAAGGCCAGGCCACUCUCCAUAGCCCUGGCUGUCUGUGCAACCUUUCCCACAGAGACUGGCGUAAAGCCAUUUCCCUCCAGGCUGGUUAAUUAGCUAAUUGGUUAAUUGCUUUUUCCUGCUAUUCACAGAAACUCCAGGACUAAAACAUAAACAGUUAGCUGAGCCUAGGAUUCUGUGCCGUAGACUUAGGUUAGAGGUCCUUGCAGAGUGUUAAUUGCUUAGGGAGUCUCCACAGUUCCGCCAGUCUGUGAGUUAGCAACUGGACCUGGCCACAGAAGCUGCGAGUGGUUUAGGCCCCUCUACGUCUAAAAGACUUCGAUUAAACAAACCAGACAUUCGCCUCUCUGUCCUUGAGAAAGUCGAACUUGCCAUCAGUACACAGAGACUCUCAGUCUAACUGAUUAGCUCUGUCGGUUUAACUACUUAUUGAGAACAGGUUUCUAAGUUUCUCCCCAUUUUGUUGAACAAAGGCUGAACUAUGAAGGCCUUCUUUAUUCACCAGAAUUACACAGGGAAGAGAGAAGUGAUCCUUCUGUCAGUACAGGAAUAAUGGUGCCCAAAACUGAGAAACACUGGAGCCCAUUCUCUGCAGAGGGAUACUUUGCUCAGCCUAGACACAGCAGGGAGGGCCUUGGUCCUGCCUCACAGCGAUGUGCUAGACAUUGUUGACUCCCCAUGGGAAUCCUUACCCUCU